ACCACCUUCCGUUUCCCCUCUUCCGCCCACCGAACCCCCAUAAAUCUCUUAGCGUCUCCUCGUCCUCCUCCCACAUUCUCCCUACAAUGUGUGAAAAUAAGGGGAACCCUAAUAUUUUGCAUCUUUAUCUCGUUUUCCUCAUCGGCAUCUUGCUCGCCGGAGCUGGGAUCGUCUCCGCCGCGGGGGGCGGAGGUGGAGGCGAUGCUGAGGCCAUGGAGGAGUUCUCGAAGAGCCUGAAGAACCCCCCGAAUGACUGGAUUCCUGGUUCGGAUCCCUGCUCUUCGAAAUGGACGGGGGUAUUGUGCUCCGGCGGCCGCGUCACUGGCAUCAAUCUUCGAGGUGUGGGUCUCGACGGAACCUUACCUUCUUCACUCUCCUCGCUUACCGGAUUGCAAUCCCUGUUUCUCCCUGGAAACCAGCUUUCCGGACCGCUUCCCUCGCUUGGCAACCCCACCAUUCGGGAGAUAUCCGUCGGUUCUAACUCCUUCACUUCCGUUCCACCUGAUUUCUUCUCCGGUCUGUCAGGACUCCAGAAGAUCUCUCUCGAUAACAAUCCUCUUGCACCGUGGGAGCUACCCGAUUCUUUGGCCGAUUGUCCCCUCGUCUCCAUCUCCGCAUCCAAUGCCUCCAUCUCAGGUACCCUUCCUGAUUUCUUCGAUCGCCUCUCGUCCCUCCAAUCCUUCCGCCUAUCGUACAAUAACCUCUCCGGUUCGCUCCCCGCUUCUCUCCCCCGAUCCCCUAUCCGUGAGCUCCUCCUCAACAACCAGCAGGGCACGAAGCUAUCCGGUCGCAUUGACGUCAUCGGACAGAUGGACCAGCUUUCCCUUCUCUGGUUGCAGUCUAACGCAUUUUCAGGGCCUAUUCCUGACGUAUCCAACCUCACCAGCCUUCAGUCCUUCAAUGUCCGCGACAACGCCCUCACAGGCGUCGUCCCUGAACCCCUCAUUACUUUAUCCACGCUCAAGAACGUGUCAUUAUCGAACAACGACCUUCAAGGCCCCAUGCCUAAGUUCGGCACGGCUGUCUUGUCCGACAUUGACAAGGGCAAUAACUUCUGCCUCCCGGAGGCCACCCCUUGUGAUAUCAAGGUGACGCAGCUGCUUGAAGUGGCGGCCCGGGUGGGCUAAACCCCCCUCGUCGUGUUUGCUAAUUCGUGGACUGGCAACGAUCCCUGCGGCGGGAGUAGUGGCUGGUUUGGUGUAAUCUGUGAUCAGAAAGGGAACGUCGCCGUGCUUAAUUUUGCAAACCAGCAUCUUGCAGGCUUUAUCUCGCCUGAGAUUGCUAAUAUCUCUUCGCUUACAAAGGUGAUUCUGAACAACAACAGCCUGACUGGCAUCAUCCCCAGUUCGCUCACCAAUUUGCGUCAGCUGCAGCUGCUUGAUGUCUCAUAUAACCAGCUCACUGGGACUAUUCCCAACUUUGCAUCUACAGUGAAGUUGAUUACAAAUGGCAACGAUUUUGGUUCUGAUUCUUCUGGGGGCUCUCCUGGUCCUGCAUCAGGUGGGACGUCAGGUUCUUCAUCUUCAAGAAAUCAGAAUGGUAAGUCGAAGUCAUCUGCAGGAUUUAUCGUGGGGAUACUGUUAGCCGUUUUAGUUUCGGUAGGGUGCAUAGCUGGUCUUGUUUAUUGCAUCCAUCGUCGCAAGAAGAAGAUGGAGCUACUAAAGAGAGUCCAAAUGCAAACCUUUCCUGAGAAUCAUGAGGUAUUUAAGGUUGGGAUGUUGGCUCUGAGUGACAAUAACACAGUUGAGAGCGAAACUUACCCGCAGAGCAGUUAUGGGGAGAGUUCUGAUACCAAACUUCACAGGGAGAACGGUGAGAACAUAAUCUCCAUUCAAGAUCUUCGAAAGGCCACAAAUAAUUUCAGUGAAGACAACAUUUUGGGCAAAGGUGGGUUUGGAGUUGUUUACAGAGGAGUGCUAAGUAAUGGGAUGGUGGUUGCUGUCAAAAGGUGUGUGCUUGAUAUGUGGAGCAUGAAAGGGGUGGCAGAGUUCAAGGCAGAGAUUGGCCUUAUUGGGAAGGCAAGGCAUAGGCAUUUGGUGUCCUUGGUUGGAUACUGUGAGCAUGAGAGGGAGAGGCUGUUGGUUUAUGAGUAUAUGCCGGAGGGAACUUUGGCGCAGCACUUGUUCGAUAGGGAAGGGAGCCGGUAUUGUCCUCUAACUUGGAAGCAGAGAUUGACAAUAGCCCUGGAUGUGGCCAAGGCUAUGGAAUACCUGCAUAAUUUUAUGCAGGGAAGUUUCAUCCAUAGAGAUCUGAAGCCCUCAAACAUUCUGCUGGAUAAGGAUUUAAGGGGCAAGGUUUCGGAUUUUGGUCUUCUCAAACUUGCGGGAGACAAUGAAAAGUCGAUGGCGACACGGUUGGCUGGGACAUUUGGAUAUUUGGCACCCGAGUAUGCAACUACAGGAAAGAUCACUCGUAAAAUUGAUGUUUAUGCAUUUGGUGUGAUACUGUUGGAGCUAAUGACAAGCAGAAAGGUACUCGAUGACACCGUCCCCGAUGAAGAUGCAAAUUUAGUGGCAGCAUUUCGCCGGAUUCAUCCGAGAGACAUCGCCAAGUUGGAGAGAUUCGUCGAUUCUUCUAUCUUCAACGAUGAGGAAUCUCGCAGCAGCAUUGCAGAGGUAGCCGAGAUUGCCUACCAUUGCACCGCUCGCGAACCUAACUUCAGGCCUGAAAUGAGUAACGUCGUCACCAUGUUGUCUCCCAUAGCCGACCGGUGGUGUCCCGGCGACUAUGGCGAUCACAACGAUGAUGGCGAUUCGACGGUAAGUCUCACUAGUAUGGUUCACAGAUGGCAGAUGAGCGACAACUCUUCGUUUAAUGAUUCGUUCAGCAAUUACAAGCCAAGUACAAGUGCCUUGCGUUAAUGGACUCAGUGUUGGCUGCUUGUGUGGUGUUUCAGUCUCUCCCAUUGUAUAGCUUGAGGAAGAAGAAGACCACUAGGUGUUUUCAGCAGCAAGGCACAGAGACUAGGAGUGAGUUGCGUAUAUGGAUGAUGGAUGCGUUUUGUUUUGCAGAAAUUGAGUUAUAUGAACUUUCAUUAUUUUUUUUUUAAUUUUUUCUUAUGAAAUGAUAUUAUUUUGGUUUUAGUUAUGGUUGAUCUUCUAGUUUCAUUCA